CAUGUUAGUGAAACAGGUCAACAGGAGGACGGUGUCAGCUCACUGCAGAUGGAUAUAAUCAAAGUGAAUUCAUUUUCUUAUGAAGAAUUCAUUAACGUGUUUGGAAAUGUUAUAGAGAAAUGUCCCAUCAUUUGUGCCGCUGUUUGGUCCCAGCGACCUUUUUCCAAUCCAUUUGACCUGGAAGUUGCUAUACAAGAAUUCAUUGAUAACCUUCCUACUUCAGGAAAAGAAGGCAUUUUGAGGUGUCAUCCGGAUCUGGCAGGAAGAGAAGCUUUGAGAUGUCAACUGACAACUGAGUCCCAAAAAGAGCAGAGAGGGGCAGGUCUAACUUCAUUAGACAGCACGGAUAAAUUCAGGAUAGACCAGCUCAACACAGAAUACAAGGAAAAGUUUGGCUUUCCGUUCGUUAUUUGCGCCAGAAUGAGCGACAAAGACGAGAUUUUUCAGCAACUGAAAGAAAGGCUUUUAAACGACCCGAUGGCCGAGCUGCGCACUGGCAUUGAAGAAGUUAAAAAGAUCUGUCACCUAAGGCUCCACGACAUCUUCAGUGGAUCUCCUGUGACCAAGCCAUGAUAAACCAACACAUUUGGACAAAAUAAUCUUUUGAAGGAGCUGCUGCUUUACUCCAUAAAAUAAAUAGAAAAUCGAUAUAAGACAAACGUGAUAAAGCGGAAUUUCACCACAUUGAUUUUAACUACACUCUAAAUAAAAAAAAUGGAAACAAAAAUGUGUUUUGUUUAGUCAACUCAUUUCAAUAAGAAGAAUAAUUUAAAGGCACGCGUGUAUCCCUAAUACCAUUUGCUUCCUUUGAAUGUAUUGUUUAUUACAAAUAGUUUUUCUUGCUUAAUGUAUUUUUAUUAAAACACUUGAAAGCUGUUUAUAUUUGUUAGAAUAGGAAGAACAUGCACACACUAACAGACGCACAUGAUUUUUUUCAGUUCCUUUUCUAAAAAAAAUAUGAAAAUGCCAUCAAUUUCAAUGAUUGUAAAUGUUACGAUUGUAGGAAACUGUAAAGAAGCAAUCAUUUCGUAACAACUUUUCCUCUCACGCCCACUUCUUUCCAAUGAACCCAUUAUCCUUGAGAAAGUUCAUUCAGACAUUACUGCUUACCAUGUCUUAAAUAUUUUGCCAAAUCCUCUACAUGUUGAUAUUUAAGCAUUUAAUAGACCAUGCGAAGCAGCGUUUGUUUUAUCAGAUGAAGAACGUCCAUUGUCCAAACGUAAUGGUCUAGUUGUAUGGUAUCUUUAAAUAAAGUUGUAAAAACAGCGAAAGAAAGAACACGCUGACUCGUGUAAGGGGCUCUUAGAAUAUUACACUUCUUAUAUUGAUGGGUUAUAUUGGUCGAUUUGCACGCAACAUCGGUUUAAGCAUAUAUGACAUUGGUUUGUGCAAUAUUGGUUCAAAUAUUAAUUGU